CAGCUGCCCCACUGGCUGAUGAGAGUUGGCUUGGUUUCAUGCGGAGUUGCACCCAUAGCCAGCACUGGAGAUUCGACUCGCGUGUUUGAAACCUUGUGUACAUGAAGAGACAAAAAUUGGGGUGAAAGUUGACGUCUUGUGGUGUCUAGGGUAUUGAGUUGAGGUGACAGCGGGAGGAGUUAGUGAUUGUACUGUUGCAGCAUUGACCUCUUGCCGAACGAGGUUGCGACUGCACUUUUUUUAAAACAAUGCUUUUGGAUUGCCCACACAAUCUAGAGCACGAACAACGAAUAAAUUUACGAAUGUGCAAUGUUGUGGAGAGAAACUAGUUUGAAUCUAAAUUGAGUAUAUUUUAUUGCUUGCAGAUGUCGUUGUAUUUUAAAUAAAGUUUUAAGUUAAAGUAGAUAUAUCUAGUUUGUGCUGCACUUAUGAACUGUAUUGUUGGUGAAUAAAUUUUAGCAAUCUUUCUCUAUUUAGUGUCACACAUGAUUGUUUGUGGUGUAUUUAAUAUUUAGUUUAUUAUCAAAGUGUCUAUACGAUUAGAACACAAACAUACCUACCUGUGCACACGAUUUUUCCAAGUUGUGCUAGAAAAAUUAUGAUUAAACAAUACGAUAACAGCGUAAUUGGUAUUUCAUUAUCUUAUAUGUUAAAUCCUCUAAAACAUUUUACUGUGAGAGUGAGAAAACAUCAAGUUUGUUUAAAUACCUGAAUACCUUAAAAAAUGUACAUGUGAGGGAUAAGUGAGAUCCCGAGCAAACAACACGUGUACGUAGCCGACGUUUCUCGCAGAUUUAUUAAAACUGCCAAGAUAUACAAAACCGCACUCCUCUCGGAUUAUAUUUCUCUUGCUAGCUAAAUGCCCAACACUUAAAUCACAUCAUCGCUCGCACGAAUCGCCGCCGCUCGUUAGGUCGCAGUGCAGUUCAUACUGCUCUGUACUUAUUAAGGCACUUUUGCCCUAUAUUUGUCGGGUGCUCUUUCGUCGAUUCGUUGCGAUUUGGCCCAGAUAUUAAUUGGAAUGAUCAACAUGCAGUGAAACAGCAAACAAAAAGCACAAAAAGUAGGUUGAUGUCAAAGCGGCAAAGUAAAAAAAGUAAAACAAGCCAAAGCAAAAGUGACUACAUUUAUUUGCUCAAUUCGUCUACCGCGGAGGUCGUCUCGCUACGGGUCCACCUAUUCAGUGUGUUGUGAAACAGCAAAAAAAAAAUGGAAUCAACCGGCAGUAAGCUGGCCAGUGUUGAACAGAUCAAGGUUGAGCCGGAUUUCUACUUUUCUAUUGGAGAGAAUUACAAUCAAGAGGGUGAAGUUGAUGCCAUCGACGAUGACGACGAUUACGAUGAGGAUGAUGAUUUUGAUAACGAGGAAGUAUUGCAGAUGCAUCAGAUUGAGCUCGACAGCUCGGCGAAGCAAAAGUUAGUGGAAGAUACUUUUUUAGUGAUUAGUGACGGUACCGAUGAUAGUAAUAAGGGGAAACUGUACGAGUGUAAAGUUUGUAAAAGAAGAAUGUCCAAUUCGGGCCAUCUCAUGCGCCACCGAAGGAUUCAUAGCGGGGAGAAGCCUUUUGUUUGCAAAGUGUGCAAUAAGGCGUUUAUUGAGUCUUCCAGCUUGAAGGUUCAUCUUAGAACCCACACCGGAGAGCGGCCAUAUGUGUGCGAAAUUUGCGAUUUUACUUCCGCUCAAUCCUGUAACUUGCAAUCGCACUAUCGACGAACGCAUGGGGUCGACCCCAAAAGUAAUCCUGAACAGUUUGAUAAACUACGUCGACAAUCGUCAGCAGAUAGUUCCAGCGCUACAAUGAUCUCUCAAUCUCCUACUUCCUGGCUCGACCCGAAAGCGCAGGGUCAGCCAAAGCAGCCGGUCCAUUGCUGCGUUUGCGAGGAACCAUUCUUCGAUAGAGACUUGCUGCUCAUUCACGAGGAAACCCAUACUCCAGAAGCACCGUUUGAAUGCCGUCACUGCAACUCAGUUCAUUCGGUGCUUAGUCUAUUCCGAACCCAUAUCAGCAUGUUCCACAUAAAUCAGCGAAAAAAUACCACUCGGCAAUCGCAGGCCGGUAUUCGGGCCAUCCCUAGUACAUUAGUGGCAACCAGAAAAGUUAGUCCUACAUCUGAUGUCUCAAACACUAACACGGUGUUAAAUGCCAAUCAGCCAUUUAUUGCAAGUAACGACACUCAAUAUCCCUAUAAAUGUGUUGAAUGCAACGAAAACUUCCAGAAGCAUCAAUUAUAUUACCACAUGAAAAUCCAUUUAAAACAAAAAAACAUUUUCUCCAAAAAAAGUCUCAAAUGUGAUCAAUGCGACAAAGUGUUCGAGAAAGAAUUAACACUGAAGAAACAUAUAGAUGCAGCUCAUUCUCCGGUCUCCAGUGCGACUCACGGUAACCCGUUGUUGUUGGAAGCCUUGCAGACGGACGCACGAUCUCUCACGCCGUCUUCUUCAGCAGCCACAGUGAUGUCACCCGAAGUGGAGUCCGUGCCGAUUUCUAUAAAAGAAGAAGCGCAAAGUGCGUUGGGGGAUGACGAAGUCAAUUCCACCGUUUCCGAUAAUCCUAUUUUAACGCAACUGUUGAACACUAGCAAUGAAGGCGCUAUAAACCCACCCAUCAGUGUCACACCCGUAGAUGGUGUAAACUCUGAGAUUUCAAACGACGGUGGCUUCGUAAUUAGUGCUGUAGCUACUGUAGAUCACAGCUUUCUUGAACAGUUGGACGCAAUGGAACGCCAGCAACAGCAGUGUGAAGAAAAACAAAUGCAACCGAUGCCUACUCUACGGAGAAUGCCGGUGCUGGAAGAAAGCCUCCGUCGUCCACCAGUAACUGCAGUCAAUAACAAUUCUGCAGUCUUCAGACCGUUGCCUCUCAGCUCCGGCCCUUAUACAUGCUCGUUUUGUGCCAAAGUAUUCAACGAACAUUUCGGUCUGCGGCAACACAUUCGUGCUAUGCACUAUUCCGAAAAACGCCACAAGUGCAAGGAAUGUGGCAAAAAGUUUACACUCGGUAUCACUUUGGCAACUCACCUUCGAAUCCACACGGCGGUGCAACCGUUUACAUGCAUCGUUUGCUACAAAACAUUCACUCGGUCUAGCUCCCUCAAUGGCCACUUAUCGUCGCACUCCUACAGCCGUAUCAAGUGUGCAGAAUGCGGCGAACACCAGGUUAACGUGUUGCAUUACAUGAAACACAUCGAAAAGUUUCAUCCAGACUUUAUGAAAAAUGUAGCCUCCUAUAGACAGAAAGCUGAAGCUGUUUUACAGCGUCGCCGAGAAUUAGUAUUGGAAAUAACUCGCGGUCUCUCUAAAUAUCGAUCGGAAGUACCCAACGUCCUCGCUCGUUUACGGGGAGAACUUUCAGAUCCUAAAAACUUGUUGCAGGACAAUGAAGAGCAUGAGGUGAGCUCAAGUGAGCAAGUACUCAUAAAGAAAGAACGAGCAGAUUCCAGCCAGUCCGAAGUUGUCAGUUCCGCCUCGGAAGCUGCGGAAUCGCUACCAGCACUCCGGGCAGAGCUACGCAAACGUCCACUGAGAAGUAAUACACGGUCCAACGAGUUGGAGGAAUUAGUUCUACCGCCUGCCAGAAAGUCAACUAGGACUGCAACUGCGGCUUCGCCAAAUUUAAAACGUUUGUUAGAACAAGACAAUUCAAAUGCGAGCACUGAGACGGAAUAACGAAAAACCACCGAAUAACUGUUACAAAUAUCCAGAGAAAUGCAUUAUAUAGUUUUGUUUGUUCAUGAUGUUUCAAAAGAAUAUUUUCGAUUUUUCUUCUAUAUUCUCGCUUUAUGGAUAUAUGCGUAAUUUUUGAUAAGACGAAUAUGUGUUAAAUUUUGCAAAAAGCAGCUCGCAGUUCACAAAGGCAAACUAGUGUAUAUUGUAUUCAUGUUGUACAAAAGGUCGCCAAUAAUUUUCAAUGUGUUCCAAUUUCCAUCAAUGAUAGUAAGUAAUCAUCAAUCGAAAUACUUAGGUGUGUGAAAUAUGAAUAUAAAACUGUGCCCGCGAUUAAAUUAAUAAAAAGGUUGUUGCAACCAUUCAUUAGAAACAAAGCAUCGAAAAAACUAAAU